UCCUAAUACACACCAUGAACCAACAAAUCGGCUUGGAGGACCUGGAAACACGCGCGUUCACGGAGGGAAGGACGCGCGCUACCAAAGAACAGGCCGCGUAUUUUGCGGAAAAAGAACGAGAAACCCGUCUCGCCGAGCUCAAAGUCCCCGUCGAAGAUGUCGGCGUCCGCGAGGCUCUCAGGGCCCUGAAACAGCCUGUGACGCUGUUUGGAGAAAACGCGCUCGACCGCCGUCUACGCCUGCAGCAGCUCAUGUACGAAGCCGCGGAGAAGGCGGGGUUUCCGCGGACCACAACCGAGUCACCCGCGGAAUCGAUGGACGUAGACGCGGAAUCCGAGAGCUAUAUCCGCGGCACACCCGAACUUCUAGAAACGCGGAAAUGGUUGCUGAGAGAUUCGCUGCAGCGGGCGUCGCGGCGGCUGGCGGCGGAGCGAGUUCGAUUCGCUGAGCCGGCGUCAGAAAAGCUCGUUGCCCACCGUGACGCUGUGGAUGUCUGGCGAAAAGUGGAGCCGGUGGCUUCACAAGUUGUCGGCGAACGGCCUACGUCGGUCGUGCGACUGACGGGCGACGCUAAAAUGUUCGCCAGUGGUAACUGGAGCGGGCAGGUCAAGAUCUGGGACACGACAUCUAUGUCCGAACAGCGGCUGUACCGGGGACACACUGACCGAGUCAGCGGCGUGGACUGGCAUCCUGCCGUUUCCAGCUGGGAUUCCAACUCUGAACGCGUCUGUCUCGCUAGCGGGGCAGCCGACAACCUUGUUUGUCUGUGGUCGGGUGCCAGCGCUACCCCGCUUCGCGUCCUGCGGGGUCACCUUGCACGUGUUGGUCGCGUGGCCUUUCACCCUGGGGGCACGCUUCUCGCCUCCGCAUCCUAUGACACAACCUGGCGGAUGUGGGAUGUGGAGCAGGGGACGGAGCUGCUGAUGCAGGAGGGUCACGCUGAGGGAGUUGCUUCGGUAGCCUGGCAGGGCGACGGAUCUUUGCUGGCGUCUGGUGGUUUGGAUGCCAUUGGCCGCGUGUGGGACGUUCGCACGGGCCAAUCGGUCAUGGUGCUGGAUGCGCACGCCAGUGCCAUCGUGUGCAUGGACUGGGCACCCAACGGCUAUCAGCUGGUGACCGGUUCGGUGGACGACACAGCCCGUGUGUGGGACGUACGAAAGGUCACACAGUCAUGCAUGAUUCCGGCUCACAAAAGCCUUGUUUCCGACGUUCGCUUCGUCAGAGGCGCGGAGUACGAAGCUGCUUGUCUCGUCACCAGCGGCUACGACGGACACGUUCGUGUCUGGGACACGCUUGACUGGUCGCUUGUUCACGACUUUGAGAUCCCCGAGUCCAAAGUAAUGUCCGUGGACGCCAGCAUUGUGGACAAGAAGCGAGGUCCUGUUCUCGUGUCCAGCGGUUUCGACCGCACCGCCCGGCUGUUCACGGGCGAGUUUGCGUGAGGCAGGACGGAGAGAAUGAAGGGAACGAAAAGACGAAGAAACGAAGAAGACGAGGAGAACGACAAAACUGGCGGGAUACCAGACGAAAAAUAUCCGCAUCCAGGCACGAUGCUAUUGUAAUGUUACUACUAAUGAACGGCACCCAACACUGCAACAAUUCCUCUUCCCCCACACCCCACCUGACCGCCCACUCGACCCCACUUAACCCGAAACCCAAUAUUUAUUAAACAAGAAACAAAACCAACGCAUGGGCAGAAACGUUGGCAGACCUCUCGGCCAAAACAUUUUCAUCACGUCGACAUCACAAGAGUGCUGUCGCUGAUGGUUGCCAGUGCCAGCGACAAACACCCAAAACGAACUUACUGAAAAAACAGAAACAAUCACAGACACCGUGCACUGUGCGUGCACCGUGUGUACAUCUUGCUCAAGCUGCCCUCUCAGUGCGAUUGCGUCCGCCCUCUGGCUCAGUGGGCAGCCGCAGCAGGAGCAGCAGAAGCGGUGCUUGCAGCCGGUGCCGUGUUCUGCCGCGCAAGACGCUUGGCCUGGUAGUUUUUGACAGCACUCUUGACAGCAUCCUCGGCAAGCAUCGAGCAGUGCAACUUGACGGGCGGCAGACACAGCUCACGUGCAAUCUCCACAUUCUUGAUCUUCGAGGCUUCCUCCAACGUCAUGCCCUUCACCAGGGUGGUGACGUAGGACGACGAGGCAAUUGCGCUGCCACAGCCGAAUGUCUUAAACUUUACGUCUUCGAUGACGCCAUUCUCGUCCACGCGAAUGGCAAGUCGCAUGACGUCACCGCACGCAGGGGCACCGACGAGGCCGAUGCCGACGUUCGGGUCGCUCUGGGGGAGCGUGCCGACAUUCCGCGGGUUGUUGUAGUGGUCCAUGACGUUUUUGUGAUAGAGCCGACGAGCCGCGGGGAAAACGAGGGAUGGCGCCGCGGGGCGGGCUGCCAGCCGAGCCG